AUGGCGGAGGACCUUAAUGAUCAAUUGAUAGAAAAAAUCAAAGAAAAGGAAUUCGGGUUGCAGCUGGACGAGGCUACGGAUAAUAAUAAGGAUGCUCAUUUGAUAUGCUAUGUUAGGUUUAUAGAUGGUGAUGACAUGGUAGAAGACCUACUCUUUUGUAAAAAUAUUACGGCAAGCGCUAAGGCCCAGGACUUAUUUGAUAUUCUUAAUAAUUUUAUGUCAGAAAAUAUGUUAGAUUGGAUAAAAUGCGUCGGUGUUUGUACUGAUGGCGCUCGUUCCAUGUCUGGCAGUUAUGGAGGAUUACAGUCACUUAUUAGAAGCAAAGCCCCUGAUGCACUGUGGACCCAUUGCAUUAUCCAUAGAGAAGCACUUGCGGCAAAAUAUCUAAGUCCUGCGCUGAACCAAGUGUUAGAAUGUGUAGUGAAUGUAGUCAAUUUUAUAAAAACUCGUCCCCUGAAGGCAAGAUUUUUCAAAAAAUUAUGUGAUGAUAUGGGAGCUGAACACUCAAGUUUGUUGUAUUACAGCAAUGCACGAUGGCUGUCUCGUGGUAAUGUUUUAUCACGUACGUUUGAACUACGGCAAGAAAUUUACAUAUUUCUUAAAGAAGAAGGGCACAAAUAUGCCAAUGAUUUUUCUGACAAAAUUUUUUUAAUAAAAUUGGCAUACUUGUGUGACAUUUUUGAAAAACUGAAUGCAUUGAACACCUCAUUGCAGGGAAAUAACACGCAUAUUUUGAAGUCGAUGGAUAAAAUGACAGCUUUUAUAAAAAAACUCAAACUAUGGAGAAGACAAAUGAAUGAAGGCACGAGCAAAGAUUCAUUUUCCAUAUUGCAGCAGUUUCUGACCUCUAAUACAGUUGAGAUUUCUCAAGAUAUGAAAUCCAUUUUUGAAGAUCACUUAUCACAGCUAGUGGUAUGGUUUGAGAAAUAUUUUAAAAAUGAAGACAUUGAUAAAUUUGCAUGGAUUCAAGAUCCAUUUAACUCCAUUGUUCCAUCAGAAUUUAAUUCUACUGAAGAAGAAAGUCUAAUUGAGUUGUCUUGCGACAGUAGCUUGAAAUCAAAAUUUACCAAUAUGGAAUUGACCAAAUUUUGGAUUUCAAUAAAAAAUGAAUAUCCACUUGUAUGUGAAAAAGCUCUACGUGUUUUAAUUCCGUUUUCUACUUCAUAUUUAUGUGAAGCUGGGUUUUCGGCGGUCGCUGUGAUCAAAAGCAAAUAUCGGUCAAAAAUCAAUGUGGAGAAGGAAAUGAGAGUAGCAGUAUCAAGUUUGAUCCCAAGAUUUGAAAAAAUAUGCAGUGAUGUCCAGGCUCAUCCAUCUCACUAA